CAGUUGCCCCGGUGAGGACGAGGCGCCAUAGUCACGGUAGUCGUGGCGACAAGAACCCAGCAACGAGAAUCAACAACAACAAUUUGAACCAUUAAGAAAAUAAAACUCCGCGCCAAACUAAGAGCAUCCGACAAGAGGAGAAAGAGGGAUUUGUGCAGUUGUCGUCAUGGCAACCUCAGGCUACACGGCCGAGGAUCUUCAACCCUCCCAGACACAAGGGGGCAGCAUUUCAAAUGCCACGUCCAGCAGCCAGCAGAAAAACACAUCUCAGAUCCUCUCCGACAUCCAAAACCCUCCAGGAUCGGCUUCUUCCAUUAUCAGAGCACAGGCCACGCCCCCUGUCACUCAAAAGAAGGCUGUUCUGGCCACGCCCCCUCCAGGAGUACAGUAUGUCACGGGAGAGAUUCAGAGCUCCGCCUCCCAGGCUGGAAACGGCAGUCAGCAGUACAUUGUUGUGACAGUCACUGAGGGCUCUGUCCACUCCAAUGACUCUGAAUCAAACUCUCCCCCUGCGGUUCAGACUGGUGUUCCCACACAGGUAGUGCAGCAGGUACAGACUGCACAGCAGAGGUCAGUGGUUCAGGCUACAAACAAGAGUGGACAACUGGGGGUCAGUAAUCUACACAUCACGCCUGAGGUCCAGCAUGUGUUUUCCAGCCAGUUUGUGGAAGGAGAGGCAAACUACAGCAACAGCUCAAUUCGCUCCAGUAGUUACCAGUUCCCAGACUCCGCCCUCUACUCUCAGACCACACCCUCUGUCACCUACUAUGAGGCGUCGCCCACCACGGGCUCUCAGGUCACGUCCCCGUCCAGCUCUCAGCCGGUGUCAGUGACGUCCGGGACGGGACUGUUUUCUGAGGGUGGUGCGGGCAUCACUGUGGUGGCCGGAGGGUCUUCUUCAGCAGGGGGUGUGGUCAGCAGCGAGGGGGUGGGCAGUUAUGUCAUUCAGGGCGGGUACAUGCUUGGCGGAGCUCCUGGAGGAAACCAGAGCUUCUCACCCAACACACGCGCAUCGCCUGCAACUGUGCAGUGGCUGAUGGAUAACUACGAGACGGCAGAAGGAGUAAGUCUUCCUCGCUGUACUCUAUACUGUCAUUACCUCCUGCACUGCCAGCAGACCAAACUGGAACCCGUGAACGCUGCUUCCUUCGGGAAGCUCAUCCGCUCUGUGUUCAUGGGCCUCAGAACCAGACGUCUCGGCACCAGAGGGAACUCUAAGUACCAUUACUAUGGCCUUCGGAUCAAGAGCAACUCGCCCCUGCACAGACUGGUGGAGGACCAGCAGCAUCUGGCUAUGAGGCAACAGCCGUACUCGCAGAAACAGAGGAUAAAGCCUGUGCAGAAGAUGGAGGGCCUGACCAAUGGAAUGGGUCUGGGGGCGGGGCAUCAGCAGGGGGCGGGGCUAUCAGACAUCAGUUCCCAGGUUCACCAGUAUCAGCAGUUCUUGGAUGAUUCUCGCCGUCUGCCGGAGUUUCCUGCACUGAAGGAUGAUGGGAAAUCUCUGCCGGACGGACUCCUUCCUCAGUAUGUGCAAGUAUAUCAGCUGGUCUACAGAGAGCACUGUGAGGCUAUUCUGGACGUGAUGGUGAACCUGCAGUUCACUCUUGUAGAGACGCUGUGGAAGAGUUUCUGGAGGUUCAGUGAAGGACAAACCAGCAACCCGGAUGCACUGGACCAUCAUGAAGAAUCAGAGAAGCGCUUGCCGAAGUCAGUUCUGGUUCUGUUGUGUAAAUAUGAGCCCAUCAUCAACUGGACCCGCGAAUGCGACAACUUACUGUACCAAAGCCUAGUGGAGAUCUUCAUCCCUAAUGUCCUGAGACCCAUCCCCAGUGCCUUAACUCAAGCCAUCCGUAAUUUUGCUAAGAGUCUGGAGAGCUGGCUUAGCAACGCCAUGAUCAUCAUGCCAGAUGAGAUGGUGAACAUCAAGAAGUUGUGUGCAGGCGCGUUCGCUCAGACUCUGCGGCGCUACACAUCCCUCAAUCACCUGGCUCAGGCAGCGCGAGCCGUCUUGCAGAACACAGCUCAGAUCACACAGAUGCUCAGCGACCUCAACCGCGUCGACUUCACCAAUGUACAGGAGCAGGCCUCGUGGGUAUGUGGCUGUGAAGAUGGUGUAGUCCAGCAGCUGGAGCGUGACUUUAAACAAACCCUGCAGAAUCAGAACUCUCUGGAGCAGUGGGCUACGUGGCUGGAGGGGGUGGUCUCGCUGGUGCUGAAGCCGUAUACCGCCAGCCCGGCUUUCUCCAAAGCAGCCAAACUCUUCCUGCUCAAAUGGAGCUUCUACAGUUCUAUGGUAAUCCGGGAUCUGACCCUGCGCAGUGCCGCCAGUUUUGGCUCGUUUCAUCUGAUCAGACUGCUGUAUGAUGAGUACAUGUACUACCUGAUUGAGCACAGAGUCGCGCAGGCCACAGGAGAGACACCCAUCGCUGUCAUGGCAGAGUUUGCCAAUCUAAACAGAAGUCAGAGAUCAAUGGAUGGUUAUAAAGAUGAGGAAGAUGAGGAGGAGGAUGAAGAGGAGACGGAUGAGGAUCAGGACAUGUCUGUUCCAGUAAACGCAGUGGUUCUGGAGGAGUCGCUGGAGCCGCCCGUUAAACUGGCCAGAACAGAGCUUUACACCAACAACAGCAGCACACAGAACUAACACACACACACACACACACACACGACUUUACAUCUAAAUGCAAUCUUCAGUUUGGUGAAUGACUAGAGGAAAUUGAGUUGAUUCACUGUAAACCGGAUGAGGUGAAUCAGGCCUCAGAGCUGCUGUAUGGUUGAUCCGAUGAAGCUUUUUAUAGACAACAGUUACAUUUAUAGCCUUAAUUAUGCUCACACACACACUCAUUGCCUUCCCUUUAUCAAUCAAAGCUGCCAUGUGUGUCCUGUGUCUUGACUUUUAAAGCAACAGUUCAUCCAAAAAUGUAAGUAUUCACCCUCAUGUUGUAGCAAACUCAAGUGUUUCAUUAACGACAUGCUUUAUUUUGAGGUGAACUGUCCCUUUAAGAGUCUCCAUGCUGCCAUUUUGUUUUGCCAAAGCCAAUCAUACCUUAUAUAGGCCUGUUCCUCAUUAAUAUUCAUGAGUGUUUCUCAUGUCCUUCUUCCAUGGUUAUUUUGUUUUUCUCUUAAUUAUAACGAAAAUGAUAUAUAUAUAUUCUAUAAUCAGCGUAUUAUUUUGAUGCUUUGUGAUUUGAUUGUGUAAUGCUAAUGGAUCAAAUGUGCCUUCAGAGGAUUAUUCAUGCUAGAGAUCCAUAAACGUCUGAAUAAAUGUCAAAAACUAUCAUUAAAA